AUGAGUGUCCAAACGCUACAGAGAUUCAGUCUACAGAGUAUCGCUAAAGACAUCGUCGUCUCCUCUGACAAUUCUUCGGUCGAAGAUUUUCACCGAUACAAAUAUGUUCUAGGUCCAUUUGAUGGCUUAAGUAAGUGACCAUAAUUACCGUAAGACGGAAUCUAUUUCUAUAUUCAUACUUGGCAAAGGUUGCCCAUCGCACCAAGGAAAUUCAGUUAGGAAACUGAGUACCAGAAUAAAUUCGAUCAUAUUGCAUUAUUUUUUACACUUUUCGAGGGCUAUAAAAUGUACAUGUAAUUAGCUUAAGUAUAAGUUAGAUGAAAUAACUCCAAAGAAAAUGUUCUUAUGGGAGAGCGAGAAAAUAUAUUUCAAAAGUUGUUUUCUCGGGCUCCCAUAACAACCUUUUCUUUGGAGUUAUUUCAUGUAACUUAUUACAUUUAUAGCCCUUGAAAAGUGUAACAAAGAAUGCCACUGUAUAGCUUAAAAUAUUCUGGUACAAGGUUUUUGUCUGCUGAAAAAUAAAAUUACUCAAAUUUCCAGACGGAUUCCGUCAUAAAACUCUCUCAAGUUGUCCUAAGGUAUAUGUGCAAGCAAAAUUGUAAGUUCCUUGUAAAUGGGGAUAGAGGGAAGAGGAGGCGAUAUGGUGUUCCCCUUUCCCUGUCAAUAGGAAGGGUCCACGGAGUGGAAUGUGGAUCUGAGACUGAGUACCAGCACUAAUAAAUGGGCUUGCAUGGUUGGCUUUCAGACCUGUAAUUUUAAAUGGAAAUAGCAACAAAAGAUAAACAGAGGAAAAAACAAGAUGUUAUGCUGGCUCCUGGGGUUUCAAGAAUUCAGUCUCCUAGUUUUUCAGCUGCAGUUUUCCUCUCCUACAUGUAAGGUUGUCUUCAGUAGACUCUUCUACAGAUCACACUAACUUAAAGCUGGGGAGAAUGUUUAAGACGGAAUCCAUCAGGAAAUUGAGUAAUUUUAAUUUUCAGUGGACAAAAACCUAGUACCAGAAUAAUUUAAACAAUAUUGCAUUCUUAUUUACACUUUUCAAGGGCUAAAGAUGUAAUUAGUUAUCUGUAAUAACACCAAAGAAAAUUUCUUAUGGGAGCUCGAGAAAAUGAAUGUCAAAUUUCACAAAAUGGCAUCUUACACAUGAAAUUUUCAGACAUUUACCUGUUUUCACAAUUCUUGUGAAAUUUGACAUUUAUUUUUUUCUGGCUCCCAUGAGAAAUAGUCUUUUGUGUUAUUACAGAAUAGUAAAUUAUACCUAUCGCCCUUGAAAAAUGUAAAAAAAUGCGGUAUUGUUUAAAUUAUUCUUGUACAAGGUUUUUGUCCACUGAAAGUUGAAAUUACUCAAUAUCCUGAUGGAUUCCGUUUUAAGCUCUACAUCUCUCAAACUCGGAGCCUUCCAAGUGACUUUUAAUAAGCUUUUUUUAAUUGAUUUUCAGACUCUGACCUUAUUCAAGAAUUGCUGAAUAUAAUUUGUCAGAAAAAGCAGUUGAAAGUGUAUCAUCUUCAUGUCCUUCUACACUCAAGUAUCAAACAUCUGGACCUGAGUGUGUGCAACUCAGUCAUUAAUGAUCAGAUCCUCAAUACUUUGGGUUACCGUUGCAAGGUGCAUAAAAUGUCAAACUGAACAUAAUUAGUGACCUAUUAUUGAUGCAGUUCUUUAAUUUCUUUUGUACUUUUUUGAUAUUCUCUGCAAUUCUACAGGUUUUCUGGUUGCUAAGGAACCCUUUUUGUUCUCAUUUCAGAAACUGGUUCAGCUUUCACUGAAAAACUGUUCACGUCUUUCAACAAAGGCAUUGAAGCAAAUUCCCAGAAAUCUUCUCUGUAUUGAAUCAAUUAACCUCAGUGGCUGUCUGUCCUGCACAGAUGAUGUCUUGGAUGCAUUCGGAUUGGCAUACCCAGAGCUAAAAGUGUUAAUAGUGAAGUCAUGCUCUCAGAUCACGGAUAAAGGCAUAGAUGCUUUGUGUGGUGAUGAUUGCAACCCAAGGUGCCGAAGCUUACGAGAUGUCAGCUUCACUUCUACCAGCAUCACCAGCUAUGGAAUAACAAAAUUACUGCUCACACAGCCAGCGUUAAAAAGUUGUGGUUUAGCCAUGACAGCAUCUAAAGAUACCUGUAUUUUUAGUUUAGUCAAUGGUACAAGAAGAAGAUUACCACUUGCCGUUAUUGAUUUGUCAUACACUUCAGUCUCUGACACAUCUGUCAAAUGUCUCUGUGAAGCUUGUCCUCUACUGCGUGAAGUCGCAAUAAAUUGUUGUGCAUCCAUUACAGAAGUCUCUCUGGAGUACAUAGCGACAUUGAGGCAUCUAAAAGUGUUAAACAUUGCUGGCAACAUGCAAAUCAAAUUCAGUCCUUAUGUGAGACAAUUCUUGAAAAAAUCUGGAAACUUACUGGAAGUGCUUGACCUUUCGUGUAUGGAAAACAUUGAUUGUGCAGUGAUUGGUGCAUGGUGCAGGUCCCUAAAAUGUCUUAUCAUGGCUGACUGCCAAGAUAUAGUUGGUAACUAUGUUCAAGAAUCAACUGCACAAGAAAACAACUUACGGCUGUCAUUGGCACAAGCAUGUUCAAAACUUAACACUCUAAACCUUCACAGCUGCAAGUUUGCAGAAAACAAGUCCCUGCUUGAACAUCUUCUGGCCAUUUUAGGUGACUCCCUGGAGAUCCAAAAACUAGAUCUUUCUGGUAUUGAAGGACUAACUGAUGCAAUUCUCCUUCAGGUCAUACAGUCCUCAAACGUUUCUGAUUUGAGGUCAAUAAAUCUCUCAAGAUGCAGUGAAGUUUCUGUGGAGCCAAUUUAUGUGCUAAUAGAUGAUUUUAAGAGCCUUAAACAUUUAAAUCUGUGUCACUGCCAAAAUAUUUCUCUGCAAGAUGUUGAGAAUCUGAGGAAGAAGUGUAGAGGGUGUGGAGUCAGCCUUGACAUUGAAUGGUUAUAAUUUACUUGGGUGAGCAGCAUGGCAAGUAGUUAGCAUGUCAGACUGACAGUCUGGAGGUUCUGGGUUCAAGGCCAGCUCUAAGCACCAUCAGCUGGAUUUGCUUAAAAAAAAUUCAACUCCUUGGCCAGUAUUUCUAGUUAACCAGCUUUUUUUCGCCUGCCAGAUGUCAUUUUCUAUCCUGUUUGGACUAUCUGUGUCUAAUUACUUGUUAUGAAAGCUAAUCGCAGUUUCACUGUUAACAAAUAUUUACAUUUACGUUUUACAUACCUUUAACACCAAAGGAUAACAAAUUUUAGGUGGUCUUUUAGGGAU